AUGGACAAGGCGAAGCCCUUUAAAUUGUUCGUGCCGCCAAGGUUAAGUAGCAGUCAAGUGUCUGCAGUGAGACCUCAGGCCCUGGCAGGAGAGGCGAAUUUCAAGUGUUUUAACAGGUGUAUUGAAGAUUUUGGUUUUCCAUUUACAGUCACUGAUCUUUCCAAAAAUGGGGAAAACAUGGCUUCAACUUCUACUUUACAAAAUAUUAACUUUUUGCCCAUGCCCAUGCUUGAACAGGUUGAUAAUUCUGACGGUCGUCACAACCAGGAAGCACCUAAAGACUCAGAUUUUGAGAAGUCAGAGCCAAUGAGUAUACUGUAUUCAAAACUUUAUAAGGAAGCUGAGAAGAUCAAGAAGUGGAAAGUUAGUGCAGAAUCUGAACUAAAGGAGAAAGAAAAUAAGUUGCAAGAAAACAGAAAGAUAAUUGAAGCCCAGCGAAAAGCUAUCCAGGAAUUACAGUUUGAGAAUGAAAAAGUAAGUUUGAAGUUAGAAGAAGGAAUUCAAGAAAACAAAGAAUUAAUUAAAGAGAAUAAUGCAACAAGGCAUUUAUGUAAUGUACUCAAAGAAACCUGUGCCCGAUCUGCAGAUAAAGCCAAGAAUUAUGAAUAUGAACGGGAAGAAACUAGGCAAGUUUAUAUGGAGCUAAAUAAUAACAUUGAGAAAAUGAUAACAGCUUUUGAGGAACUUCGUGUGCAAGCUGAGAAUUCUAGACUGGAAAUGCAUUUUAAGUUAACUGAAGAUAAUGAAAAAAUCCAACACCUUGAAGAAGAAUAUAAGAAAGAAGUAGAUGACAAGGAAAAUCAGGUAUUACUGCUGUUGACCCAAAGCAAUGAGAAAGAAAAUAAAAUGAAAGAUUUAACAUUUCUGUUAGAGGAAUCCAGAGAUAAAGUUAAUCAAUUGGAGGAAAAGACAAAAUUACAGAAUAAAAACUUAAAAGAAUCAAAUGAGAAGCAGGAUCAUUUGACAUCAGAAUUAGAAGAUAUUAAAAUGUCUUUGCAAAGAAGUGUGAGUGCUCAGAAGGCCUUAGAGGAAGAUUUGCAGAUAGCAACAACAAAAAUAUCUCAACUCAUUGGAGAAAAAGAAACUCAAAUGGAUGAAUUUAAUAAAGCUAAAGCUACUCAUUCACUUGUGGUUACUGAACUUAAAACAGCUAUCUGCAAUGUGAAAGAAUUAUUGACAACAGAACAGAAAAGGUUGGAAAAAAGUGAAGAUCAAUUGAAAAUACUUACCGUGGAGCUUCAGAAGAAAUCAGAUGAACUGGAAGGGAUGGUUAAGCUUAAGAAUAACAAAGAAAUAGAACUUGAAGAACUAAAAACAACAUUGGCGGAAAACCAAAAGCUUUUAGAUGAAAAGCAACAAUUUGAGAAGAUUGCUGAAGACUUAAAAGAAACAGAACAAGAACUAAAUGCUCUUCUCCAAACCAGAGAGAAAAAAGUACACGAUUUGGAAAUAAGAAUAACUGCUCUUGAGACAAGUGAACAGCAUUAUUCAAAACAAGUUAAAGAACUGAAAACUGAGCUUGAAAAAGAGAAGCUUAAGAAUACUGAAUUAACUGCAAUCUGGAACAAACUUUCAGUGGAGAACAAAGAACUAGCACAAAAAACAAAUGAAAUGACCACAGAACUCAAGAAACAGCAAAAAGAUAUUAAUGAUAGCAAAAAACAGGAAGAAAGAAUGUUGAAACAAAUAGAAAAUCAGGAAGAAACAGAAAUACAGUUAAGGAAUGAACUGGAAUCUGUGAGAGAAGAAUUAAAACAGAAAGGAGAUGAAGUCAAAUGUAAAUUGGAUAAGAGUGAAGAAAAUUGUAACAAUUUAAGGAAGCAAGUUGAAAAUAAAAGCAAGAACCUUGAAGAACUCCAGCAGGAGAAUAAAGCUUUAAAAAAAAAGAGUACAGCAGAAACCAAGCAACUGAAUGCUUAUGAGAUAAAGAUCAAUAAAUUAGAAUUAGAACUAGAUGAUGCCAAACAAAAAUUUAAAGAUGUGACUGACAGUUAUCAAAAAGAAAUUGAGGACAAGAAGAUAGCAGAAGAAAAUCUUUUGGGAGAGGUUGAAAAAGCAAAAGUAAUAUCUGAUGAAGCAGUGAAAUUACAGAAAGAAAUGGAUAUUCGAUGUCAACAUAAAAUAGCUGAAAUGGUUGCACUUAUGGAAAAACAUAAGCACCAAUAUGAUAAAAUUGUUGAAGAAAGAGACUUAGAAUUAGGAGUUUAUAAAAACAAAGAACAAGAACAGCUAUCAGUAAAAGCAUCUUUGGAGAAUGAACUGUCAAAUCUUAAAGAAGAACUUUUGUCUAUUAAGAAACAACUUGAAAAAGAAAUAGAAGAGAAAGAAAAACUCAAAAAAGAGGCAAAAGAAAACUCAGCUACUCUCAAAGAAAAAAAAGACAAGAGAACACAGACAUCUGUAUUGGAAACAUCUAAUGCAAGUCAGCAGAAAAUUGAUUCUAAAAUUACUUCUUCACAAAAUACACAGCGAAACCUCACAUCAGCUGAUUAUGGAAAGUCCAAAGAUAAAAGAGACUCUCUCUGGACACCUGCCAAAAAUAGUUUAUUCUCUCCAUUAUCAAAGACGUUUACUGUGAAGACACCAACAAAAGUAGAAAUUCACCAACGAGAUAAGAAGAAUAUGCCUGUGGAAGAAAAUAAUAAAAAGAGAAAAAUGGUCUUCGAAUUUGAUCUUAAUUCAGAUAGUUCAGAAACUACUGAUCUUUUGACCAUGGUAUCAGAGGAAGAAACAUUGAAAAAACUGUACAAGAACAAUAAUCCACCAACUCCUUAUCUUUGUGUCAAAACACCAAAAAAGAACUCUUCAUCUUUGACAACCCCUGGAUCUACUUUGAAGUUUGGAACUAUGAGGAAAACGCAGGAGGACCGUUGGGCUGUAAUUUCUAAAAUGGAUAGGAAAAAAAAAAUGAAGGAAGCAGAAAAAUUAUUUGCUUAAUUUCAGAAAAUCAGUGUGAUUAAAUGCUAUCAUAAUAAAAAAUUUGCUAUUCUGCAACAUACUACUUAAAAUUAAAUAAAGGCAGAGCCAGAGCAAUUUUGCAGUGUGAACACCACCAGUUGUGGCCCCAAAACAAAAAAGAGCCAAACCCCCCACUCCAGAAAAGUCCUGGGUGUCUUUGCUUGCCUCCAGCUCUCUUAUGCUGUCCCCAAAACUACCAUCUAUUCAGGUGAGCAUGCCAACAAACCAGGCACCCAUGGGAGUCAGCCUGGAGUCCAGGAGGAAUGUGAGCACCCCAACCUGAAGCCCCAGCUCAACCUCUGCCCCUGAGAAGUCCUGGGUUUCAGUGCCUUCCAGUAGCUUCCCAGUGACAUGCCCAGUGCUGCCCAGAAGUCUGUAAAAGACUGACUUCACCCUCCACUGUCCACAUACUGAAAUUGGAGAAUUUUACUCUAACUUCACAAUGAAGGUACCAAUAUCUCCACCAAAGCCAAGGAUCCUAGUUUACCCCUUAGUGCCUUUAGGAGCUAAAUCAGCAAGAGCAUCCUGACAGGACUGAAGUACGAAAAUUCACCCCAGAUAAUAACAGACGUGGAGAAACUGCAUAAAAGCCAACAAGUCCAAGGAGUGAAGAUAAUAGCCCAGAAGACUAUCAGCUCCAAAAAUGAGCUCUAUAACCUCUCAGAAAAGACUUAGCGGACAGCACGACACAAAUGUUUAAUGAGCUCAGAGAAACAAUGGUAACAAGAAAGAAUGAGAGCAGAAAUGAGAAAACUACAAGCAGAAGUGACAGAACUGAUAGAAUUGUAGUGUUCCCAUCCAGGAGCCUGGAAAACCAUUGAAGUGGAUGCAGAAUUGCAGGGUGUGUGCAGGAGGGUUCCUGAGAAGAGAGGUAGCUGUGAUGAGAGGCUCCACUGCUGGAUCAAAGACCGUGCUAACAUCAAACAAACAUCAACUACUCCAAAUUCUUCCCCUUGACAACCAUCCUAGCAACGAACUGGUGGAACAAUUUGGGAAAAGUAUAAAGUGACUUGGCAGAGGAAGUGGCAUGCACUUCCACCACCACCCAUGCUGUCUUCAUGUUGCCUGAACACAUGCCACCCACAUCUGCCCUUGUGAGUUUUGAACUUUCAUACUUCAACACUGGAAUGUGUGCUGGCUCUCUCUGCCCCGGAGAAGCCUGUGUUCUUCCUUGAGCACAUGCCUUAGCCUACCUUUUCCCUUCCCUAUUUACUUAUCUAAUAAACUUGU